CUCGAUUAACUCGGCGGCGGCGUCCUCACGACUGUGGUGCGCGGCGGCCGCCCCGCAGGCUGACACGGGGCGGCGAGUCGGGCGCGGAGGAAGGAGCCCUUCGGCGGAGACGACGGCCAUGAUGUCCACCUACAAGCGGGCCACCCUGGACGAAGAGGAGCUGGUGGACUCCCUGGAGGGAGAGAUUUACCCAAAUGGGAUCCAGGUGAACUUCCGCGGGCCAGGGGCCAGAAAGGGCUGCUGGGCGCAGCGGCCGCAGCCGGAGAAGCGCCUCCUGAUCCUGACGGUUAUCCUCUUCUUGGGUCUGUUAGCCUGUCUGUCUGUCCUGCUCUUCCAGUACCAGACGCGGCCCUGCCUGACCCAGGCCUGCAUCUCGGUGACCAGCUCCAUCCUGAGCUCGCUGGACCAAGGGGUGGACCCCUGCGAGGACUUCUUCAGCUAUGCUUGCGGUGGCUGGAUCAAGAACAACCCCAUCCCAGACGGUCACUCCCGCUGGGGGACUUUCAACAAGCUUUGGGAACACAAUCUGGCUGCUCUCAAGAGCCUCCUGGAGAACACCACGGCCGCCUCAUCGUUGAGUGAGGCUGAACGCAAAGUGCAGCGUUACUACCAGUCCUGCAUGAACGAGAGCCGAAUAGAGGAGCUGCAAGCCAGGCCGCUGGUGGAUCAAAUUCAGAAGCUUGGAGGCUGGAAUAUGAGCGCCCCAGGAGAGGACGGCUUCAAUGAGAUGCUGCUGGCUCUGAUGUCCCAGUACCAUAUGACCCCCUUCUUCUCCAUCUCUGUCAGUGCCGACUCCAAGAAUUCCAGCAGCAACAUCAUUCAGAUUGACCAGUCGGGGCUGGGGUUGCCGUCCAGGGAGUACUACCUCAACAAAACACAGAACGAGAAAGUACUGGUGGCGUACCUAAACUACAUGGUCCGGCUUGGCAUGCUGGUCAGCGGGGAGGAAGAGGCCACGAUCCGGCCGCAGAUGCAGGAGAUCCUGGACUUUGAGACCAACUUGGCCAACGUCACCACCCCCCAGGAGAAGCUCCGGGAUGAGGAAGAUUACCACAAAAUGCAGGCUGGGAAGCUCACGGACCUGGCCCCGGCCAUCGACUGGAUGCCCUUGCUCAAGGAAGUCUUCGACCCGGUGGAGAUCAACGAAUCGGAGCCCAUAGUGGUCUACGCCAAGGAGUAUCUCCAGCGUGUCUCCCUGCUCAUCCUGAAUUCGGACAAGAGGGUGUUGCGUAACUACAUGAUUUGGCAUCUGGUGAGGAAAGGAGCGGGUUUCUUGGACCAGCGGUUCCAAGAUGCGGGGAAGUUCCUGGAAGUUGUGUAUGGAUCGAAGAAGACCUGUGUGCCCCGUUGGAAGUAUUGCAUCGGCGACACGGAUAACAGCCUGGGUUUCGUCUUGGGGGCCAUGUUUGAGGCCACCUUUGCCGAAGACAGCCGGGCCGUCGUAAGCAUGAUGAUCCUGGAGAUUAAAAGGGCGCUGGAGGAAAGCCUGGCCAGCCUUGUGUGGAUGGACGAGGAGACCAGGCGGUCAGCCAGAGAGAAGGCCGACGCCAUCUAUGACAUGAUUGGCUAUCCAAAGUUCAUCCUGGACCCCAAAGAGCUGGACAAAGUCUUCCACGACGUGAUACGACCCGUGACUGACCUGUACUAUGAGAACGUCAUGCGGUUCUACAACUUCUCUGCCCGGGUGGCGAACGACCAGCUUCGAAAGCCUCCGAACCGCGACCAUGAGUGGAGCAUGACCCCGCCGACGGUGAAUGCUUACUACUCCCCCACCAAGAACGAAGUCAUCUUCCCGGGAAUUCUGCAGUCUCCAUUCUACACGCGGAAUUACCCCAAGGCUAUCAAUUUUGGGGGGAUUGGCGUUGUGGUGGGCCAUGAACUGACUCACGCCUUUGACGACCAAGGACGUGAAUAUGACAAGGACGGCAACCUCCGUCCGUGGUGGAAGAACUCCUCGGUGGAAGCCUUCAAGCAGCACACCCAGUGCCUGGUGGAGCAGUAUGGCAACUACUCCGUCAACGGUGAAGCCGUGAACGGCAAGCACACACUGGGGGAGAACAUUGCGGACAGGGGACUUAAGGCUGCCUACCGGGCCUACCGGAACUGGGUAAAGAAGAAUGGGAGGGAGGCGUCUCUGCCUGCCCUUGGCCUGACCAAUGACCAGCUUUUCUUCGUUGCCUUUGCCCAGGUCUGGUGCUCCGUCCGUACGCCGGAGAGCUCCUACGAAGGACUCGUCACCGAUCCCCACAGCCCUUCCCGCUUCCGAGUCAUCGGGACGGUCUCCAAUUCCGAGGCCUUUGCCAAGCACUUUCAGUGCCGGCCCGGUUCGCCCAUGAAUCCCCGGCAGAAAUGUGAAGUUUGGUGAGUUUUCUCCACACCCCACAGGGGGAAAAAAACAGGACAUCCAAGCAGGACUGUCCAGUUCUCCGCUUCCUCCGUGUUAAGGACAAAAGGGAGGAUGCCCCUUUUCAGGGCUUCCUGGACCCGCCACCCGCUCGCUCUUAGCUGCAAAGGGACUCCGGAAGACCCUUGUGUGGCCCCACUCGCCACGGAAACUUUCCACCGCGUCUCCCAUGGACCGAGAGGGUUCGACGGGGAACUGGUCCAUCAUUUCCAAAGACCUGAGCCAGCUUUUUAAAGUCUUUGCCACUUUCCCGAAGGGGAAAACCGCUUCGUUGCGUUAACCGAGCCGGCCACGCCACACACGGUGCACCCGCAGCCUUUUGUAAAAUAAGGACAUUAUUUUUACAACCUUGCAGAACACUGGAAAUUUGGGGGGGGGUGGGAGGGAGGGCGGGGGAAACGUAUGGACUUUUUAAAAUGUUAAUGAUUGUCUCUUUCUCGCUUCCAACAAAUUUCAGGAAAGACAUUUUUUUAAAAAUGCGUACGUCAGUCGGUCCCUUCCUUGAAGGGGGAAAUGGGGCUGGGGUAUCCCUGGGUUUGUGAGAUGCCCUUCUGGCUUCGGGGCCGGGAUUUGCCAGGUUUCCCUGCCAGGAAUUCGGUGGGGCUUGUGGGAUUGGUUGUCCUCAGAAAGCCUCCACAGCUCAUCUGUCUCUGCGGUCACCUUUCGUGAGCUGUUCCUUUUCGAAUUAGAA